AGCCCCUGUCUCAAGCCACAUCCUCUCACAGUGUCAGUGUGGCGUCGCACCGCCGAUACGAGGUAUAAGACCCGAGGAGCACCCAAGGCGGCGAUCAUGAUGCGAGUCUUCCCCCUGGCCAGCUUCCUCUCCCUGGCAUCCGCUGCAGAGCGCUACCCGACCAUGGAUGCGUGCGCAGUGCGUCGCCUCGGCCAGGAGAGCACUCCCUGCUGCAGGCCCCGGGCUCCCGGAGCCACCCCCGCGCGGCCCCGAGCCAGGCGGCAGGCGGCGCAACGGCGGCGCGGCCGGCCUCGCUGUCGCAGGCCGCAGUCGAGAAGCGGGGCAACCUCGCGGCGGGCGCCAACGGCAGCCUGCGGUCCCUGCAGCGGCUGCCUGGGGGCUCUGGAGCGGCCGCCUGCUACAUACAGGAUCCGGACUGUGGCUGCCCCGGCAGCUUCCUCCAGUCCUGGUGCAGCGAGGACCGGACACCGCCACGAUCCAGGGGAGCUGCGCCGCCGACCAGGCCUCGUGCGAGAGCUGCCGCGGCAUCUGGUGCGCGGGCUCGGGCGGCACCGCGCCGGCGAGCCCGACGGCGGCCCCCACGCCUGCGCCGGCGCCGGCUCCGACGGCUGCCCCGACGAGCGCAGGAGGCGCCUCGAAUGUGGGCCAGUGUGGGGGGCAUGCGGACAUCAAAGCUUGCGGUUGCUCUGGCAGCUUCCUCCAGUCUUGGUGCAACGAGGACACCGCCGUGAGCCAGGGUUGCGCCGCCAACCAGGCCCUGUGCGAGGAGAGCUGCGACGGAGUCUGGUGUGACGGCUCGAGCGGUACUGCGCCGACCAGUCCGACGGUGGCCCCGACUUCUUCGCCUGCGCCGACGCCACCUCCGACAGCUGCCCCGACUCGGGCCCCGACAAGCGCAGGAGGUAAUUCAACAGCACCUGAGGUGGGCAAGUGUUACAUCAAGCAUUGCGGCUGUCCGGGGAGCUUCUUGCAAGACUGGUGCAAUGUGGAUACCGCCAUCGAUGUGGGCUGCGAGAACAACGAGGCUUUAUGCGAGUUGACGUGCGAGGGAGUAUGGUGCGGUCCAAGCGGUACGGUUGCACCUACACCUGCGCCACCGACGCCAGCGCCGACGCCCGCCCCAACACCAGCACCGACGCCAAGCCCACCAGAACCAACCUUUGCACCGACACCUGCGCCGACACCUGCACCAACAACUGCGCCGACGCCAGUGCCGACGCCUGCACCCACGCCAGCGCCGACGCCAGCGCCGACGAAAGCGCCGACGCUGGCACCCACGCCUGCGCCAACGCCUGCACCUACGCUGGCACCCACGCCUGCGCCGACGCCGGCACCUACGCCAGCGCCCACACCUGCACCAACACCUGCGCCGACGCCUGCACCGACGCCUGCGCCCACGCUGGAGCCGACGCCAGCGCCGACGCCGACUCCUACGUCUGUGCCGACGCCGACGCCCACUCCAGCACCCACGCCAGCGCCCACGCCUGCGCCCACACCUGCUCCUACGUCGGCUCCAACGCCAGCGCCCACGCCGGCGCCCACACCUGCACCAACACCUGCCGCCGACGCCAGCGCCGACUCUGGCACCAACGCCGGCGCCCACGCCUGCGCCUACACCGGCUCCCACGCCAGCGCCCACGCCAACGCCCACGCUGGCGCCCACACCUGCUCCAACACCUGCGCCGACACCAGCGCCGACGCCAGCGCCGACGCCAACACCCACGCCGGCGCCCACGCCAGCGCCUACCCAGGCUCCCACGCCAGCGCCGACGCCAACGCCCACGCUGGCGCCCACACCUGCACCAACACCUGCGCCGACGCCAGCCGCCGACGCCAACGCCCACGCCUGCGCCCACGCCAGCACCGACGCCAGCGCCGACGCUGGCACCAACGCCGGCGCCCACGCCAGCGCCGACGCCAGCACCCACGCCAGCGCCAACGCCAGCGCCGACGCCAGCACCCACGCCGGCGCCAACGCCUGCGCCUACCCAGGCUCCCACGCCAGCGCCGACGCCAGCGCCCACGCUGGCGCCCACACCUGCACCAACACCUGCGCCGACGCCAGCGCCGACCAGCGCCGACGCCAGCACCAACGCCAGCGCCCACGCCUGUGCCUACCACGGCUCCCACGCCAGCGCCAACGCCAACGCCCACGCUGGCGCCCACACCUGCACCAACACCUGCGCCGACGCCAGCGCCGACGCCAGCGCCGACGCCAGCACCCACGCCGGCGCCCACGCCAGCGCCUACCCAGGCUCCCACGCCAGCGCCGACGCCAGCGCCCACUCUGGCGCCCACACCUGCACCAACACCUGCGCCGACGCCGGCGCCGACACCAGCGCCGACACCAGCGCCGACGCCAGCGCCGACCCCUGCACCCACGUCAGCGCCAACGCUGGCGCCUACGCCGGCUCCAACGCAAGCGCCGACGCCAGCACCGACGCCAGCGCCGACGCCGGCGCCUACGCCAGCUCCCACGCCAGCGCCGACGCCAGAGCCGACGCCAGCACCCACGCCAGCGCCCACGCCUACGCCUACGCUGGCUCCCACGCCAGCGCCCACGCCAACGCCAACGCUGGCGCCCACACCUGCUCCAACACCUGCGCCGACGCCAGCUUCGACACCAGCGCCGACGCCGACACCCACGCCAGCACCCACAAUUUUGCCUACGCCGGCUCCCACGCCAGCGCCGACGCCAGCGCCCACGCUGGCGCCCACACCUGCACCAACAUCUGCACCGACGCCAGCGCCGACGCCAGCGCCGACGCCAGCACCAACGCCAGCGCCCACGCCUGUGCCUACCACGGCUCCCACGCCAGCGCCAACGCCAACGCCCACGCUGGCGCCCACACCUGCACCAACACCUGCGCCGACGCCAGCGCCCACUCUGGCACCCACUCCGGACCCGUGUGCCGUGCGCCACGGCCAGGACGUCGCCCCCGGGGCGUGGUCCGGAACGUGCGGCCCCUCGGACUACUCUGGGGCUGCUGUGUCCUCCGACGGCGAGUGUCAAGCGCUGUGUGGGCUGUGCGACACCUGCGUGGCGUGGAUCACGAACUCCCCCGAGCAGGCGUCGCCACUCAGGUGCUGGCUGGUGGCGGGCACUGUCGAGUGGGAGGCCGACCCUCACAGAAACGGCGGACUACGCUCAGGCCAGCGACCCCGGCGCUGCUGCGCCCACGCCCGCACCCGCGCCGAGUCCUGCUCCCGCGGAGGCGCGCCGCGGGCGGUGCUGCUACGGAGGCUGCGGGGCCUGCUCCCUCUCGAGCUACUGCGCGGACCGGGACACCUGCCUGGCGCCGCAGUCGCGGGGCGGCUGCGACGGCAGCGCCACGGGGGGCGUGAGGCCCUCGUGGUGCGCAUACUAGCGGCUAGCGAGUGCUCCGCGGUCGCUCGCGCGAGUCGAGGGCAGGCGCCCUGGCCCCCCCCCACACUGGUCGAGUCUCCUUGGAUGUGGUCCCUCUGCCGUCCUCAUCCACUCGCUGCCCUCUUUUUUGAAAAAGUAACAUUGGCCCUAUCCAAAUGGGGUGGGUUUGCGCCGCAGCUGCCAAAAGUGCGGCGGCGCUGCACGUUUGUUUUGUUAGGUUCGAGAUCGGCGGCCUGCUCGCGCGUCCAUCCUCCAUCCCCCUUCCUCCCCCUGCCUUCGUUCACCUCUCAUGGCCCAUCGUGACUACCCUGAUGGCCGCAGAGCACGCUACUAUGUCGGGACUGGCUUAUUCCAGUCGCUGACGCUACCGCCAGAGAACGCCCCGUCGGCUUCGAGUUCGUCCAAGGGGGCGCGAAGGUCCAGGGAGCUGGAGUUACCGCGUAUUCGACUCUGGGAGAUCGUUCGUUGCCCGUCCCGCCAAGGCUGGGGGAGCCAAUGUGUUCCAGGGCAUUGUUUGCAAGCGCGCGUGAAGAAAC